AUGGGGGUGGGUGGGGUAGGUGGAGGGGGGGCGGGUGGCGUGGGGGGGGGGGUAGUUCGGGGGGGGUGGGGGCGGGGGGGAUGGGGGGGGGAGGAGGGGUGGUUGGGGGUGGUGGGGUGUUCGUUGGUGGGUCGUGGGGAUAAGGGGCGCGAGUGUGGGGGGGGGGGUGGGGCGUGGUGGGGGGGGGGGUGGGGGGGGAUUGGGGGGGGGGGGUUGGUUGGGUUAGGUGGGGGGGUGUUGGUGGUUGUGUGGGGGUGGUGGGCGGUGGUUGGUGUCUGGAUUUUGAGUGGGAGUGGGGGGUUGAGUGAGGUGUGGGGGGGGGGGGGGGUGGGGUCUGGGGGGGGGGCUGGAGGGGUAGGGGGGGGGUGCGGGGGGCGGGGGGGGGAGUGGGGGGGGGGGGAGGGUGGUUGGGGUUGCGGUAGUGGGGUGUGGGGUUAA